AUGCGGGCUGAAAAGACAAAGCUCGAGCACGUUCGGUACAACUACACCGCAUGCAGCUGUAGCACACCCGCUGGAAACGUGAUAAAUUUUGAACACGAGCAGUACGCGCUUACGUACGGUAUGAUGUGCGGCAUUCGAGCCUCAGCCGGUCUCCAGAAGCCAUUCAAGCAGCGAUUGACGGUGAACGACUUCAUGCGUGUCGACAAAAAGAUCUUUCGGGCUAAUGCUCGUCUUGAGCAUGGGUGCAAGUUCAAAGACUACUCGCCAGACGUGUUUUGCCAAGUGCGUCGCCGCUUCGGAAUCGACUUGGCCGACUACAUGCUCACCCUGAGCGGAGACUUUGGUUUCAUCGAGUUCAUGUCCAACUCCAAGUCGGGUCAGUUUUUCUUCUACUCGCACGAUGGGCGCUUCAUGAUCAAAACACAGACCAAGGACGAUUCCAAGUUCCUCCGACGUAUCCUUCCACACUAUUAUCAAUUCGUGAUGGAGAACCCCAACACCCUCAUUACGCGGUUCUAUGGCCUGCACCGCGUCCAGAUGCACCACAUGGGAAGGAAGGUGCACUUUGUUAUAAUGGCUAGCGUUUUUGAUACGUCAUUAGAGAUUCACGCACGCUUCGAUCUAAAAGGCUCGCGUAUCGGACGGCAUGCAUCAACGGAGGAGUACGAGCGGGGUAGUCAAUGUGUAUUGAAAGACAACGAUCUGCUGGACAAGGGAUUUCGUCUUCAAAUGAGCGUCGCCCAGCGCGCCAUCUUUCUGGCGCAACUUCGUACAGACGUCGACUUCCUGAAACGAAUGAAGAUAAUGGACUACAGCAUUCUCAUCGGCGUGCACGACUCGGCUUAUGACGUACACAACAAUAUGUUUGCUGGCACUCAAACAAGCAACAGCUUCAAGAGGAUCACGGCACAGCAAGAAGCCGGGUGCAGAUCAUUGUCCACUCCAUCAGCUGUCUUCGAACGUAAAUGUGUACAAGUGCGGCCGUUUCGCGCAGUGUCCACGCCGGAUGAAGACUUUGUUAAUCAGCAACUUCCUUCGACGGUCAGCUCGAUCGCAGACUCACAAGCACAACUCGCACUAUCAUUACCAGACAUUUUCACGUGGAAUGACAGCUGCGCCAAUUCUGACUUGGUGGAUUCGGAAAACAAGUCGGAAUUGAACGGUUUCGCGAGCAGUGAGGAGGGACGCGGGCGCAGUUUUAGUGCUGCAUCCGACAAGCGCUCGCUUUCGGUCAACCGGCACUGCGCAAAAUCGCUGCCGUCCAUGCCGAUACACGCAGCCAACACACCGCCUCUGUCUUCUCGUCUUUUCGAUACAAUCCCAGGCGUCAAGAUUGCCAACUCAUUUUUCUGCAAGGACGAAGGAGGCAUUUACGGCCGGGACCGGUACGGGUACAAGAACGGGUGUGUCUACUUUCUGGGCAUCAUCGAUAUCCUACAGCAGUACAACACGCGAAAGAUUGCCGAGACAUUAUAUAAGGGCCUACAUCACAAUCGCAAGCACAUUUCAGCAGUUGAGCCGGAAUUCUAUGGAAAACGAUUUAUGGAGAACAUCGAGAAGCACGUGGUUUGA